AGCACCAGCCGAAGCCAAAAGGACCCUUUUUCUCUUUCCGCCCUCGGUCCCUCUUGUCUGUCUCCUCAUCUCAACCUUGAAGAAGAUGCAGUUUCCCACUUUAAAUCUCGGUUCUGUUUUAAGUCGCUUCUUUUAUUUCUUUCUUUUUCUUCCCUCUUGCUAAUUUGCGGUUCCGUUGAUUUUCUUAGUCGGAGGAGUGUCGCACAAGACUUGUUGUUCUAGAGUCACAAUUCUUUGUUGUUAUAAAUUGGUGAAAUAUAAUGCUGACAACCCCCAAAACACCACCUCAGACAGGAACGUGACCAAACACAAAGUUCCUGCCCUGCAGCCCCCCUCUUAUAAGAGGAGGCCGCUUGGAGGCUCCUUGUAAUGUUGUGGGGAAGAGUGAGGUGGAGCACGGAUAGUUUAUCUGGGUCAGCGACGCAUCAUGAGAAGCUGCUGUGUGUACCUUUUCUGCACGUUGCUGUGCAUCACCAAAAGCUUGGACGCCGACGCUGUGAUCCAGACGGAGGAAUACACAGCUAGACAUUUACGAUAUUUUAUGACCGCGGACGGCAACGAAAAGCAAUUGAUCAACGAUUUACAUGAAGUUUUGGACAGGCUUCAGAAAAAUCAACUUUCAGCCCUGAGGAAAAAACACGGCCACUUGCCCAUGUGUGAUCCAGGAGACCAGUGUGCACUGCGGAGAGGUUCCAGGAUCGGGAAACUGUGUGAUUGCUCUCUGCCAAGAACAUGCAACUCUUUCUUACAUCGGUGUUUAUAAUCCUAUCUUGCUAUUUAACUUAAAAAAAAAAAAAAAAAAAAAAACAAAGAAAAAAAACAUCUUGUCUGUUGGAUAUUGUAGCUAUAAAUCUAUAAACAUUUUUUUUAAUAGUUUUAUAGUGUGAAAAUAUUUAUACUUCAUUUAAUAAACGAUUUAUACGAAUGAA